AUGACUGACAUGCCUGCCGCUUCCCAGGACUCGUUCUUUGAGACCAUGUCUGAUCCCACCAUGGCUAGCCCAGACGGCGCUGGGGGUAAGCGCAAACGGGAGGGCUCUGAGGAUCUGGGCCACGACGCUCAGCGCCUGAAUCGAUCGUCACACGGCAGUAACGGCAGUAUGCCUGACAACCAACACGCCUUCAGCCACUCCAUGGGCUAUGAUCAUGGCCUCGGCAACGCAGGAUCUGAACUCAACAUCGAUCAACAGAUCCUCCAGCACGUUGGACCCCAAAACGGACUGUCAGACGACAAUGCCCUCACAGCGAACGCCAAAGCCGCGCUGGCCGCGCACGCUCCCCAACACAAAUACCCACCACCCCCCGAUGCCGCCGCAUUCGACGCCAACAACCUGACUCAAGGGCUGAACUUUGGAGACGACAUGGGUCAAGGACCCAUGCCGGGUCCCCACAACCACAACUCUACUGCUGCUGCGGUUUAUGCCGCCCGUGAGGCGCAGAGUAUGAACCAGAAGCCAACUGUUGGGUCGCCCGAGUGGCACCAGAUUCGCAAGAACAAUCACAAAGAAGUCGAGCGGCGACGACGUGAAGCAAUCAACGAGGGCAUUAAUCAAAUUGCUCGGCUCGUUCCAAACUGCGACAAAAACAAGGGCGCCAUAUUGCAACGGGCCAUAGAGUAUAUCUGCCAGCUGCAGGAUGAUAAGAAGAAUAUGGAUGAGCGGUUUGAGCAACACAGUCUGACUGCCAACCACGCCAUCAACGAAAUCAGCGCGUCAAACCAGAAGCUGAAGCAGGAAGUCAGUCGUCGCAAUGCUAUCGCAGCCAAAUGGCUACAGCGAUGCCGCGAUGCCGGUCUUGAGUUUGAUGACUAUGAGGAGGCUAAAGAGCUAGAGACUCUCGACGGUCUGGAAUAA